AGCUGCCCUGCAGUUCGACGGGGCAGGAGUACUGCAGGAAGGGGUCCCCAAGGAAGGGGUUGGCGUACAUGUUCACCGGCACGGCUGCGGAGACAGACACGGCGCUCGCGGUCCCUGCGGCCCCCAGCCCCGUGCCCCGCGCCCCCAGCACCUCCCGUCCCCAUCCUGCAAGCGGGGGCACACCCUGAGGGGUGAGGGGACGGGGACGGGGACCCCGGGAGCUGCUGCCUCCACCUGGGGGCUGCGGGGCUGCGGGUGCUGCGGGAUGCCCCCACGGGUGGGCACAGCGCGGGGGCUGCGGGGCGGGGGUGGCGCAGGGAGCCCUGUCUGGGGGUGCCACGUGGGAAGGGUCCGGCCGGGGGUCCCACACGCGCCCCAGGCCCCGCGGUUACACUUGUUCCUGGUGGCGACGGGGAAGAACGCGGGGCCGAUCUCCGUGCCGCUGAGGGACGGCUCAGGCGUGGUGCCGUGCGGCUGCAGGUUGAACCACAUGGGUGAUAGCGGCGCGCUUUGGUUCUGUGCCGGCUCCCUGUCCCGCGCCGCGCUCGCUGCGGGAGGGGGGCAGGUUUUAAGCCCCGGUCCCCCCUCCCCAGCAGCCGGCUCGCCGCGGUGCCGGCCGCCCCUGACCUGCGGUGCCGCCGGGGAGGUCUGUGGGGCCGUCGCGGGGCGUGGAGCGCCUGGAUCUCGUGCCGCAGCUGGUCGUAGCAGGCGAAGACGGAGAGCCCGGCGCGCGAGGGGCGGGUGGCGAGCAGCGGCUGCAUGGCCCCCUGCCCCGGCCCCCCGAUGGGUGAGGGGGCCGGGGGGCUGCUCCCGCCGGGCAUGGGGAGCCCCUCGAGGUGGUGGUCAGGCAGGGGAGGAUGGUGCCAGCCGCUGCCGGGGCGUCUCCAUCCCGGGGCACGCGAUGGUUCCGAGGGGGAUGUCACAGAGGACCCCCCCCCGGUGCGUGCCCACCCCCCCAGCACCAUGGUGCUGGGUCCCGGCAGGCGCCCGAACAGCCCCUGCUGAGGAGGGAGGACCCCCCCAUUGCCAGCCCACCAUGAAGUGCUGCAGCCACUGCCCGGGCAGCAGGCGUGCCGGACCCCGAUGCGCGGCCACCCACCUCCUGUGGGAGCCCCUCCUGCUGCCUCGACCCCCGGGGGGGCUGCACCGGCAGCCCCCUGCCCUGCCCCUGGCCCCGCCAAGCACCCCGGCAGCCCCAGCGCAUCCGCACGCUCUGCCGAGAGCCUGGGGGGCUCCGUGGGCUCUGCCGACGCCGCCUCGUCCGCCGGCAGCGCCAGCCUGAAGCCAGGCGUGGAGGAGGCGCUGGGCACCAUGCUGGCCGCCUCCUGCACACUCAGCCCGAAGCCGGCGUCGGCGCUGGGCCCCGCCAUCGACCGCUCCUUCAUCACCACCAGCCUGGCCGCACAAAUGCUGGAGGAGUUCCUGACGAAGCAGGUGCCGGCGGCGGCCACCGAGGUGUCCCCGGUGCGCGAGGACGUCCCCGAGGAGAGCAACCGGCAGGGCCCCGUGGCCCCCACCGCCUCCCUGGAGAGGCUGCGCCGGCACAACCGCCGCUUCCAGCGGGCCAAGGCGCGCUUCCAGGGCCACGGCGAGAUCCCGGUCCAGGCGCUGCUGCCGGGGCUGGAUGGGGGCGGUGGGACAGCCCCCCGCCACGGCACCCGGCCCGAGCCACGCCACGGCCCCCCCUGGGACAGCCACGGGUGCCGCGGGCAGGGCGGCGAGGUGCUGUGCCGCGGCACCACCUGGCACGCCGUGCACGGCUGCUGCGGCACCGUGGAGGUGCUGAGCGGCGCCUGCCCCUGGGAGCGGGACGGCGGAGCCGCGGCGUGCCGGGAGUGCGGGUGCAGCUGGGGGCUGCCCGGGCCCCCGGUGCCCCCCGUGCCCCCCGUGCCGUGGCUGAGGCAGCGGGACGUGCACGGCUGGGCCACGCGCACCACCACCGCCUGCACCACGCUGGGCCACGAGUCCCGGAGCUGCCACGGAGCUGCCACCGCCGUGCUCAGGGCGGGGAGGGUCCCACACUGCGAGCCCCCCGCGGACAACCAGGGCCCCCCCGGGAUGCCGAGCUGCAGCCACGCAGAGCCAGGCACCAGCGCCCUGCGUGGCUGCGGCUGCCCCCCCCGCUGCAGCCAGGGCAGGAGCGUGGAGGAGCCGCGCCGGGAGCCGGACGGGGAGCGGAGCCGCCUCCGGCGCCGGGAGCCAGCGGGGACCCUGGUGCGGGGCAGGGACCCCGGGGGGGAGCCGGAGGGCCCGGUGGCCUGGGCGCCCCCCCAGCAGCGCCUGGGUGCCAUGAACACGGUGCAGCUCAUCGCCAAGACCUUCGAGCUGCGGGCGCAGCGCGACGCCGCGCAGGCUGAGCGCGACCGGCAGCCCCCGUUCUGUCGCAGGGGGGGGACGCUGGAAACCUGCCCCCCGGAGCCACGGGGACCCUGCUCCCCGGGGUGCUGCAGGGGGCUCCCCCGGGCCCGGGGCUCGCUGCCCCCCGAGUGCGGCCGGGCUCGGGGGGCUGCGCAGCCCUGCUGCGGCUGCAAGGCCCGGGGGGGGCCGGAGGGCACCGGCUGCACUGAGGGCGAACGGAGCGGUCGGAGCCAGCGCUGAAUAAAGCGGCCGAGGAGGCUGAGCCCAACGGAUGUGUGCUGUGGGGGACGUGGUGUGGGCGAGGGGGGGGGCACCGGUACCCUGCCCGCCAGGUGGGGACACCCCGAGACCCCCGCCCCAAACACGGCUGCGCCCACCCUCACCCCCAGGCUGCGGGCUAAGGGUGAGGAGGGGGC